AUGGCUAGCCUCCUCCUUCGUCCAUGGGCGCUACGCUCAGCGGUCAACACCAUGCCCUCAGCUUUCGCCGCGGUCAGGACAAUGUCAUCAAGGGUCUCUCGUCCAUCCCUCCUCGUCAACCCCUCAGCGCAGCGCACUUCAGCUUCAUCCUCGUCCAUCCUCGACCAGGCUCGAGGCAUGAAGGUUCGAUCUGCCAUCAAGAAGAUGUGCAAUGAUUGCUCCGUCGUCAGGAGAAAAGGCAGACUCAUGGUCAUCUGCAAGUCCAACCCUAAGCACAAGCAGCGUCAAGGAUGA